CUCAAAAAACCACUUGCUCAAAAUCUUUUCAAACUCUCUCUCUCUCUUUCUCUGUCUCUCUGUCUCUCUCUCUCUCUCCAAAUUAGGGUUUUCUUUCGCACACUCUCUCGCUCCUUCUCAGACCAAUUUUCAUUCCCCCGAUCUCUCUCCUAAUUAGGGCUUCAAUGCCUGCCAAUUCCAUAGGUGAAUUCAACACAGUGCCAAUCCGUUCCAUUAAACAACGAUUUCGGCAUUCAAUUCACUUCACAUCACAAUAGCGCCGUCGGAUUCCUCCGAUGGCCCCUAGCCGUAGAAAAGGCGGCAGCAAAGCAGCGGCAGCCGCCGCCGCCGCUCGUCAAUGGAAAGUCGGCGAUCUCGUUCUUGCUAAAGUUAAGGGGUUCCCUGCAUGGCCUGCCACGGUCAGUGAGCCCGAGAAGUGGGGUUAUUCUACUGAUUUGAAGAAAGUGCUGGUUUACUUUUUUGGAACCCAACAAAUCGCUUUCUGCAAUCCUGCUGAUGUCGAAGCAUUUACCGAGGAGAAAAAACAGUCACUUGUGAAACGUCAAGGAAAGGGUGCUGACUUUGUUCGUGCUGUGAAGGAAAUUGUUGAUAGUUAUGAUAAAUUAAAAAAAGAGAGACAACUUGAUGAACCUAACUGUGGUGGCAAUAUUGCUGAUGCAAAUCUUUCAAAUCCAUUGAACUCAUAUGACAAGGAUCAGAUCGAUGCUCCUGAGUUCACACCUACAUUACCUAUGAAAUCUUCAAAUUCUGUUAUUGACAAACAUGAGUUAGUAUGUCCAACUGAGGAUGACUCAGCUUGUGAAUUGAAGGAUCAAUCUCAUAAUAUUAAGGAGACAUCAAAGGAGCUUACUAAUAAUGUUCUUUCUGUACAAUUGUCGAAGCCAGUUACUUACUCUUCUCGAAAGAGAUCUGCUGGCGACUUAUGCCCCCAAGGCUUUGUAACAGAUAGACAUAUGCCAGUACGAAGGUCUAGAAGCUCAUCGCGGGUCCAAAACUUUAUGAAUCCUUGUAAUGACAGUGGAAAGAGUGCUGGAAGCCCGUUAGCCAAUGCAGCACAGGGUGCAUCUGUAAGAAGGAAUAAACGUCAUCGGAAAUCACCUGAUAUUGUUAGCUGUAAUGAUUUUGAUUCAUCUGCUUUUGUCUUGAAUGGUAGUGUGGAGGACAAAGACAAUAGCUCUUACACAAUUGAUUCUGAUGAAUUUAGCUUGAAUGAGGGUAGUACAAUAGAUUCAAAUUUUAAACACACUGAAGCUAUUGAAUGCCCUGAAGAAGUUGAGCUGAACAAAGGCCUUGAUCUUAAAAUAAAGGGUGUGGUCAAUAAGAAGAAAAGAAACCCAAAUAGGAAGAGGGCAACCAAAGAAGCUUCCAAGCCAACCAUUAAGCUUGAGGAAGAACUUGGUGUGCAGAAUGCCAGUCAAAGUUCCCAGAAUAUUUGCAGAAAUUCAGAAGAGAGAUGCUUUGAACAAGAUGGAGAUGAACACUUGCCCCUUGUGAAGCGAGCGAGAGUCAGAAUGGGUAAAUCAUCUUCCACAGAGGCAGAACUCAAUAGCAUUCCUCAUGCUCCAGGGAAAAGCGUUAAGGAAGAUAUUAACUCACCACCACAGAUGAUAACAUCCUCAAAUUGUGAGAAUGGGAGCUCUGCUGAUGGAGGCUCAUCUGUCCUGAAUGGGGCUAUGGAUAAUAUUUCUCCUUCAAAUAUUUCUGCUCCAUGUUUAGAAAAUCAGAUUUGUAUUACGAAGCGAGAUCAAACAUUCAGCUCUGUGGAUGACGAAGCUGCUUUACCUCCAUCUAAACGCCUUCAUCGUGCUUUGGAAGCUAUGUCGGCUAAUGCUGCUGAAGAAGGUCAAGUUCGUAAAGAAGCAUCAUCCUCCAGAAUGACAUCAAUUGGUACGUGCUGUUUAUCUGCUAUCAAGGCAAGUCCAGAUAUGAAUAUUAAUGAUCAUGAAGGUGGUGGUUUAGGGUUUCAAAAGUUUGAUACCUGCAGUGGUAAUUCUUCUCAUAUCAUUGUGCAUAGUUUGUCAGCCAAUUCAAAUCUGGUUAUUUCAACAGAGAAUAAAUCAUCUAAACAAGCGGAUAAGCUAUCAACCAGGUUCCAACAUGAAACUGGCAAUGAUGUUCUACCAAAUGCUGCAGACCAAGUUGAAAAACUUAGUGACUAUGUUGCUUUUCAUACUGCUAAUGCAGAUUUGAAAACUGAGGUACAUAGAGAAAUUUCUCCAAAUCUUGAUUCAAAAUGUUAUGAAGUUGAAAGCAAUCAAAAUUCACCUGACCCGUCAUUACCACCAGCACCAAAUAGUGAAGAUAAUAUUACGACUGUGAAUUAUUCAAAUACAAGAUCUGAUGCAUCAGAGCAUAAUGGAAUAAGCCUUCAUUCUGUGACAGAUGUGACAAAGAAAGAAAUUAGUUCCCCCCAAAAUAAUAUUGAUCUGCCUCAGAAUGAGGUUGUUGUUUGUGAGGAUAAGAAGUGUUUGAAUCCAUCAGUUGAUGAUGUUAAUAAAGCAAAUGACAUGAGUGAGGUCAUAAAAGAGGUACAAUGGAAAGGGCCAGAGGAGGAUUUGAAUUAUGUUUCAACAUCUGAUGACUGUUUGGGUGAAAAGGUUAUUUCGGGCAUUCGGUCAAGUCCAUCCUUGACAGAUGGGGGAGAUUGCAUUCCACAAGGAUCACCUCCAAACACGUCAAUUUGCAAUGUUUCUACAUCAGACAGUAGUAAUAUCCUUCACAAUGGUAGUUGUAGCCCUGAUGUUCAUUUACACCAGAAACAAAAUUUAUCUUGUCCUGUUGAUGAAAGUAAGUAUGGGUCUGAAGCAACCCAACAAUCAAGAUCCAUGGGCAAGUCAACAGAAGCAGGACGUGCUGCUUUGUUGUACUUUGAAGCAAUGCUUGGGACCUUAAAAAGGACAAAGGAAAGUAUUGGGCGAGCAACACGCAUAGCUAUUGACUGUGCAAAGUUUGGCAUUGCAGCUAAGGUCAUGGAUAUUCUUGCCCACAAUCUUGAAAGUGAAUCAAGCUUGCAUCGGAGGGUUGAUUUGUUUUUUCUUGUUGACUCUAUUGCACAGUUUUCACGUGGUUUAAAAGGUGAUGUUUGUGGAGUAUAUUCAUCCGCUAUCCAAGCAGUCCUCCCUAGACUAUUGUCUGCUGCUGUUCCUCCUGGAAAUGCUUCACAAGAGAACCGUAGGCAGUGUCUUAAGGUUUUAAGGCUGUGGUUGGAGAGAAAAAUCUUACCGGAGUCGAUGAUUCGCCACCAUAUCCGGGAAUUGGAUUUAUAUAGUUCACUUUCUGCAGGUGCAUUUUCACGACGAUCAUUAAGAACAGAGAGAGCUUUGGAUGACCCUAUAAGAGAAAUGGAGGGUAUGCAUGUUGAUGAAUAUGGAAGCAACUCAAGUUUGCAGCUACCUGGAUUUUGCAUGCCUCGAAUGCUUAAAGAUGAAGAUGACAAUGAAGGGAGCGAUUCUGAUGGAGGGAACUUUGAGGCUGUCACACCCGAGCAUAAUUCUGAAGUACAUGAAAUGACUUCUACAAUCGACAAACACAGGCAUAUCUUAGAAGAUGUUGAUGGUGAGCUUGAAAUGGAAGAUGUGGCUCCUUCUCGUGAUGUUGAAAUGAAUUCAUUUUGCAACGUUGAUAGCGGAAACGUCACAAUGUUUGAGAAGAAUCCUUCUGUGUCUAUGCCGCUAUCGUCGGCACCUCCGCCAUCUGCCCCUCCACCACCACCACCACCACCUCCUCCUCCACCCCCACCUCCUAUGCUACACCAUGUGUCAUCUACCUCUGAUCCAUGUCGUACUGUUUUUAAUUCAAGAGGUCAUACUGAAUUGCAGUGUGUGAAAGACAAUCCACUUCACUCUAUAGCUCAUCCCGUAGCACCAAGGAGUAGCCAACCUCUUAGUGAUGCAGUGCACUAUCAUGCUCCAGAAUACAGAGAAAUGCACAUGCCAGACAGCUUCCCUGUACCACCCACAGUAAAUUAUCGACAUUCUGACGGUGUUACUAUGCAUAAUAGAGGGUAUCCUAUACGGCCACCUCGCCAUGUUCCGUCCAAUCAAUUUUCUUUUGUUCAUGGGGAACAGCAUAAUAGACAUCGAAGGGAGAUUCCACCACCUCCUUAUUCCAAUAGGCAACACUUUAUGGAGAACAUGGAGAGAGAGAACUUCUAUAAUAAUAAUCAUGAAAGAUUAAAACCACCUCCAUAUGAUUACCGGGAGAGAUGGGAUGUUCCCGCACCUUAUUCUGGUCCUAGGUAUCACGACGAAGAUAUGCCAUCCCCAUAUGGGUGUCAUCCAUGCGAACCAACUAGAAUACCAGGUCAUGGGUGGAGAUUCCCUCCCCGGUCAAUGAAUCACAGGGACUCCAUGCCAUUUAGACCACCUCCCUUUGAAGAUGCAAUUCCAGUUGCAAACAGAGGUCCAAGCUUUUGGCGGCCUAGGAGGUAGUACCAAGAAUCCAAAUCUGGUAUAACCAACUUUUCGGCCUGAGAUCUGGCUUUGUUUAGGAGGUGAUUUAUGGUCUAUCAUUCUGUACAUGUAGGACUCUUCGGAGGAGGAUUCACCAGAAUCUGCACAGAACAUAUGAAUGAUCUAGAAGAUUUGUUGUACAUAUGUAUUUAAAGCCUAUUCUGCAGAAUGCAGGGCAGGAAGAGUCAUUGUAGAUUUGUCGGAGGGGUGUAACCUUAACUUGCUUAGGUUGUCGUGUCAAAAUUUUCCCCCGCCAAAUUUUAUAAUUUAUUUCGUGGAAGCCCUCUUAUAGAAUUUAGAUCAGUAUAUAUAUAAAUUUCAGUGAAUAUUUCUUGAAAUUGUUCUUGAUACAAAGAAAAAUUUCUCCCUACUGUAUUCUCUCAUUAGUUGUUUACUCAGGUAUGCCAACACAAGUCUGUGUGCAUGGUCAGUUGGUGGUUGCCAACUCUUCUGAAAUAAACCCGUGUGGGCCAGAUAUUUGAUAUGCUUGUCGGAAGAUGGCUUCUUCUCCCUCCUCGUUCACUAUUCUCAAGAGUUUCUAAUUUGUGUUCAGAUAGUAAAUUACAUGUUUAGAUUAGUUAAUUCAGAUGAAUUUAAGAUGUCAUGGAGUUAAUUCGGAUGUAUUUUACAUGUCAUUCCUUGCUGACGUUGUUUUUUGGAGCCGGAGAUACUUCUCUCCAAGUCUUCUAAAUCAGUACCCUUAAAAAUGUAUUUAAUACGAUUAUUUUGUUCUUUUAA